CAGCUCUGCUGUAGUUUGCUGUUGCUUUUAACACAGCUCUCGUUGAUCACUUGUUGGAAACAUGGCGGACUCCGCAAGGAAAGCAGCCCAUGAUAUAGAAACGCGAAACAGGACCGACGAUGUCAUUUUAUCGGAAGGAAUAAACUUCAGCUCUUUGUUGUUGUCUCAGGUGGUGCUGGACGGACUGUCGGCAUCUGGCUUUCAAAAACCUUCCCCGAUCCAGUUGAAGGCGAUCCCGCUUGGCCGCUGUGGACUCGAUUUGAUUGUACAGGCCAAAUCUGGCACGGGAAAGACAUGUGUGUUCUGCACUAUUGCUUUGGACUCCUUGAAUCUGGAAAAUUCUGCCACCCAGGUUCUUGUGCUGGCUCCCACUCGAGAGAUAGCGGUGCAGAUCCACUCAGUGGUGAUGGCGAUAGGCUGUGCCAUGGAGGGCCUGCAAUGUCACGUGUUCAUUGGGGGCAGGCCCGUUAGUCAGGACAAACUCCACCUGAAGAAAUGCCACAUAGCUGUGGGCUCACCUGGUCGUAUUAAGCAGCUGAUUGAGCUCGGCAUGCUGUCCACUAAUAGUAUCCGCCUCUUUGUUUUGGAUGAGGCUGACAAGCUCCUGGAGGAGGGCAGCUUUCAGGAACAGAUAAACUGGAUCUUUUCCGCGCUGCCUGUGAACAAACAGAUGCUUGCACUGUCUGCCACCUAUCCAGAGACCCUUGCUCAGCACCUUACCCGUUACAUGAGAGAGCCCACUUUUGUCAGACUCAACCCUAAGGAAAUGGGACUCAAAGGCCUGAAGCAGUACUACAAGCUGGUGCAGUCUCAUCCAUUACCUCACAAGGUCUUUGAGGAGAAAGUGCAACUCUUGCUGGAGCUGUUCAGUAAAAUACCCUUCAAUCAGGCACUUGUCUUCUCUAACCUGCACACAAGGGCUCAGAACCUGGCUGACAUCUUGUCCUCUAAAGAUCUACCUGCUGUUUGCAUCUCAGGAGGUCUGAGUCAAGAGCAGAGACUUGAGGCCAUGUCCAAACUUAAGCAGUAUCAGUGCAGGGUCCUCAUUUCUACUGACCUGACCUCCAGAGGCAUAGAUGCAGAGAAGGUCAACUUGGUGAUCAACCUGGACGUGCCACAUGAUUGGGAAACCUACAUGCAUCGAAUUGGACGAGCUGGACGUUUUGGCACUCAAGGGCUGGCUGUGACCUACUGUUGCCAUGGUGAAGAGGAGAACAAGAUGAUGGCCAUUGCUCAAAAGUGUGGCCUGAGUUUGUCAGCAUUGCCUUCCACCAUAGAUGCUGGACUGAUGUCUGAGAAAUGUGACUGGGAUGUCUGCGCUGAGGCUUCUACUCCAGGCAUUCAAUCACAGCUUUUCUCCAGGACAGAGAAGAAGAAGGGACGCACAAAAGCGUCCUCACUGGAUGUUUCCCCCAUCAUGGAGGAAGUUCAGGAGGCCAGGAGGCCGAAGGCCAUCAAGCUUGGAAUGAAAGGGAACUCUGCAGAGGCGUAUCCUGCAAAGACAGUCCAGCAGAAACUUUCUCAAGUGGCACAGACUCGCAAAGAGUUGCAAGAUGCACUGCCAAAAAUCCCUCCGCUCAGCUCGUUUAAGAGCAGCAGGUCUGGGUUCAUGACUUUUGAGGAAGCCGAGCAGGACUUCCAUGCGUUCAUCAUGACAGGACUAGGCAGAUCAGUGGAGAUCAUUAGGCAGUUCAGAGGCCAGGAAGAUGGCAGCGAUUGUAACAGACACAGUGAGUCCAUCACACUUGAUGAUGAUGAUGGCGGUCAGAUCUGUCAUGCUUGGAAGCAUAGACUUAAAAAAUCUAAGACAAGCUUUGAUGUGGAAAUAGAGGCGAACACACAAGACCAGUUUGAUACGUCCGCAGGCGACAGAGACAUAGUCACACACCCUGAGCCACAAGUAAGUCAUAGUCACUGUGGAGUCACUGCAGGAGAACCAACAAUGAAGUUAACUACAAAGGAAGAUCCCAUCGCAUAUCUGACAACACACACAAGCAGUGGCAGAACUUCGCCCCAGUUGGAGAACUGUGCGGGCGUGCAAACCCACCGUACGCCUGCACAAACAACAGGGAGGAAACACAAAAAGGUGAAAGUGGAAAGACCAAGCGGAAGCAUCCCACUGAACUUGAAGAAAGGGAAAAAGACGGAAAAGGUUGAAGACGAGUAUGAUGAAGAAGGCGACCUUAAUGCAGAGAGUUACUGGAGAGCCUGUUACUCAGCAUGGAAUGAUUACUAUGCCUCAAUGUCAUCUUAUCAAGGCCAAAGUUACCAAAGCUACUACAGUGUAGCUAACAACUGGAUGGCAGCGUAUCAAAUGAACAAAAUUUACAUGGCGGAGCUGUUAAAAGACUGAUUUUCCUAUCACAGCAAAGGAGACUUAAAAUUACGAAGCGCUUGGAGCAGUAAAUAUGUACUUUAACUGUGCUCCUUUUCAAAUAAAAUGUGCACUCUA